GCCAGUCUUGCGCCCAGCCUCCGCCGCGCUCUGCCUCCUCGCCAGCCCCGCUCCCGGGCAGGGCGGCUUUCCUCCCUCCGCCGCUCCCAGGCUGCUCCGCUGCUCGCCCGGCGCGCCCCCGACGUCUCGCCGCUUCUCCUGCGCCCGCUUCUGACUGCCGUCGCCGGCUCGCCCCGCUCCUCCUCCUCCUCUCUCUGCCGCCGCCGCCGCCGCCUCCCGUGGCAAAAAAGGCCCGCCCGCGAUCCCCUCCCCAGGACACCCUCCGGCCGGGGCGAUGGCAGCGAGCGCCGCGCUCUUGCAGCUGCUGGCCGCGGCGGUGGCCCUCGCGUGCCUGGCUCUGGCCGCUCCUUCCUCGCCGCCGCCGCCCUCCGAGGACGCCGAUCCCUUCGCCGCUCAGCUGGGCGACAUCUCAGCUUGCCACGCGCGGUGCGCCCAGAGCCUCCGGCAGAGCCCCGAUGCCGCCGCCGCCAAGGAUGCUAUUCUCAACGCCUGUUACCGGGGCUGCCGGCUGUUUUCCAUCUGUCAUUUUGUGGAUGCCACUGCUGAGCUGAAUGCAACCAGAGCCGAGUGCGAAUCGGCCUGCAUGGAAGCCUACAUUGGUGCAGAGGAGCAGUUUGGCUGUACGACUGGAUGCAAGACACAGCUGCCGGAAAUGGAGAACAGAGGAGAAAACAUGAUCCAAGAUGAGAAACCGGCUUCGUUCUCCGUCUUUGACCUCGUCUCCAGUUUUUGGAAUGAUAUUGUCAGCUCUGCUCAGAGUUUUAUUUCUUCCACGUGGACCUUCUAUCUGCAGGCAGAUGAUGGAAAAGUAGUUGUGUUUCAGUCACAACCAGAAGUUGAGUAUCCAAUUCCUGAGGCCCAGGCACCCAAGUCAGAGGUUUCGGAGAAGACUUGGACAGACUCAGCCCCCAACACCUUGAAGCCACACACAGGCCUUCAGGAGAAAUUGGAGAAGCCUCCGAUCGAAGAGCCCAAGAGUCCAGCCCCAGCCCCAGCCCAGCCCGUGGUGGAGUCUCAGAUGCCUCUGGAGCACGAUUUCCUGGGUUGCAUGUCCAAGCGUUCGGGGCUGCCCCGCUGGAUUCUGGCUGCUUGUCUCUUCCUUUCCAUCAUGGUGAUGCUCUGGCUGAGUUGCGCCAGUUUGGUGACUGCGCCGGAUCAGCACGUCAAGACUCAGCCCCUGAGCAUCAAUGGAGAUAAAGAGUACCUGGAAGACCUAGAUGGACCUGUGCCCUAUUCCUUACGCCCCGUCAUUGCUGUGGCCAUCUGUCCUGCGGAGGAGAACAAGGAAGCAGGCCUACUGCCGGUCAAGACUCUGCUUUUCUUUCCUCUUGGGGGAGAGUUACAAAGGCAUAAGGCCUUGGUUGAACUGAGAUACACCUUUACAGAAAUGUUUCAGGACUCUCACCUGAUGAAAGAAAUCUAACUGAAAAGAUUGUGUGAGGUCCAUUGUAGCUGAUGCAUUCUGCACAUAUUUGGAUAAGUUUACCUAUGUUUGCACACAAAUAAAGUGAAGUGGAAGAACGAGA